AUGGACGAGACCACGCCUCUGCUGUUGCGCAACCAGUCCCACGCACUGUCAAAAAAACGACUACUGGCCGUUUUUCCUGCUCUUGCUCUGAUUCAAUUCACCUCGUUUCUAGACCAGACGGCCAUUUCCACCAGCUUGCCAGCCAUUGCCUCGGCGCUGGACACGGGAGCGUCCAUCUCCCUCGUGGGCGCGAGCUUCCUCAUCACGAGCACCAGCAUCCAGCUCAUCAAUGGACGCCUGUCGGACAUUUUCGGGCGCAAGGCCGCGCUCGUGACGGCGCUGUGCAUCAUGGGCGCCGGCAACCUGUGGAGCGGCUUCUGCACCACGCCGCUGCAGCUCUUCGUCUCGCGCGCCUGCACGGGCUUUGGCGCGGGAGCCAUCAACGCACUGGUGCAGAUUGCCAUUGCCGACAUUACCACGCUCGAGCAGCGCGGCUACUAUUUCGGCAUGGUGGGCAUGGCUGUGGCUUUUGGCAACGGCUUGGGACCGGUCGUCGGCGGCGUCCUCACCCAGUCCUUUGGGUGGCGCUGGGCGUUUUGGUUUGUCUGCCCGUUGUGCCUGGCUGCCAUAGCUUAUCUGUCUUCCGUGUGGCCAUCUACACCAAGAUAUGAUGCGGGGCGUUCAAACAUUAGCAGCAGGCUGAAGUUGAUUGACUGGCCAGGUGCUGUGGGGGCAAGUCCAGCUCGCGCUGGAACUCUGCUGCUGCCCAUGGUAGUGGCCCAUGGGCUUACUUCGGCCCUGACAGGCAUCAUUAUAUCGGCCACGGGUCGAUACAAGCCAGUCAUUGUCUUUGGUGCUUUCUGUUGGGUUUCGGCUGCGCUGGGCAAAUUAUUCUUGAACCAAACAUCCGAAAUAUGGAAAGUAGCUCUCGUGGGCGUCUUGGACGGACUAGGGGUCGGCUGCUCUCUCCAGCCUGGCUCCGAUACCGAAAACCGAGCGGUUCUGACCGGUCUACGUAAUUUCGUCCGCGAUUUGGGUGGCGCAACAGGCACCACAGUUUCCGGUACUACCCUAAGCAAUCUGCUGUUUGCACAAUUACAACACCGCUUCAGCCCCGAGAUGAUUGCCCGGCUAACGUCUUCUGCUUUUGCGUUGAAAGACUUGGGCUUGACCGACUCGGAGCGAAGAUUGAUCUCUGGUGCCUAUAUGAAUAGUCUCAAAGUGAUCUAUGUCACGUUUGCGCCCCCCCUUCAUCGAAAUAUCCGCCAGAACGAGUAUCUAGAAUCCGACAAUUGCCAACGAUACACGUCCGUGACCAUGCCACCACCAAAGCCUACUCGUUUCAACAGCUUCUGGUCGCCGCUGAUGCUUCUCUGGCCCGCCAUCACGAUUCAUUGGGCUACUUUCAAGGAAGCCUUUCGCACUCGUGGAUUUGCCGCUUUGUGGAAUCCGACAAAGCAGCUUGAAUAUGGCGUGGCUAGCCUCUUGAGCGAGACCUCGGAGGGUUUCAUCGAAUAUGAAAGCACCACCGUGGUUCCGUCUCUGGUCAAGCAGGCCCGAGGCAAGAUCCUCGAGCUUGGCCCGGGUCCAGGCAACCAGAUUCAUCGAUUCGACCCUGAUCUUGUGGAAUCCAUCUGCGCCAUCGAUCCAAACCCCAACUUCAAUGACGACAUUGCCCUGAAGCUGCAGGCUAGCGCUCUCGAGUCCCGUUACAAGUUUGUCGUGUGCGGCGUCGAGGACAGCGACAUCCUCCGGGCAGAAGGAGUGACCGAGGGCAGUCUGGAUACAAUCUUGAGCAUUCAGGUCAUGUGUGCCGUCAACGACCCUCGUGCCAUCAUGAAGGAAGUGUGGAAACUGUUGAAGCCCGGCGGACAGUUCAUUUUCUGGGAGCAUGGCAAGAGCAGGGAUACCUUGACCUCAAUCGGGCAGACACUUUGGAAUCCUGCCUGGAGCACAUUUGUGGGCUGCAACAUGAACAGAGAUAUCCGCGGUGCCAUCUUGGCUGCAGGCGAGUGGGAGGGCCUUGAAAAUGUCGAGGAGACUGACGAUCCGCUCACAUUUUUGCCCAGAUUUUGGGGCGUUUUGGUGAAGAAGGCCUAG